AUGUUGUUAGAUUCAAGUGGAUUUGGGAGUCUCAAUAUCACCGAAUCUAUUCAAAAUAAUGAUACUUAUAGACCGUCUACUCGAAUUGCAAGAUAUCAAGUCAUCAUUGCAUUAGCACUUGGGCUUUUCGCUUUCUUCACAUUUACAAUACUUAAAGUCAGGUACCCAAAAAUAUAUGUUGCAAACCUAAAUUCCUUAAAUCUGGAUCCAACACCUUUGUUAUCCAGGCGCAACUUACCGAAACUCCCUCCUACGUCGUUGUUUGGCUGGAUCCCAAUAUUAUUCAGAAUAACCGAAGAUGAAAUCUUGCAACAUGCUGGUCUAGAUGCUGUAGUUUUCUUGGGGUUCUUUAACAUGUGCAUUAAGUUAUUGGGAACUUGUAUGGUUUUUGCAGUUGCCAUAAUUUCACCCAUACGAUAUAAAUAUACUGGAAGGGUUGAUCAAGAUUACCCUUCAGUAAAUGAAACGGUUUGGAAUGAAGACGGUGACGUAACAUUACUCAAAAAUAAACACACCAGUAACCAAUUUUUAUGGUUGUACAUUAUAUUCACCCAUAUUUUUACCUUCAUAACGGUAUACUUUUUGUUUAAGCAGACUAGCAAGAUCAUUAAAAUAAGACAGGAUUAUUUGGGCAAACAGAACUCAAUCACGGAUCGUACAAUUAAGAUAUCAGGUAUUCCUCCAUUUUUAAGAGAUGAAGUAGAUUUGAAGAGACAAAUUGAAAGUUUAGAUAUUGGCGAAAUUGAGUCAGUAGUUAUUGUGAAAGAAUGGAACAAUUUGAAUCAUUUAUUCAAGUUAAGAAGAAAAUUAUUAAGGGCAAUUGAGGUAUCUUGGGUUGAGUGUUUCAAAAUAAAUGGUGUCAAGAAGACUGAUUUGCUUUUUUCAAACUUGAGCUCAACCUUGGGCGACUCGAUCAAUAUGAAUCGAACUCCUCGAUAUUCAGAUAACCCAAGGGGUGCACAUCAACAGCAAAAUCCUGGACUUUCAGAUGAAGAAAGUGGUCACCGAUCUUCACCCGUUCCAAAUUCUGAUAUUUUCCAAAAUGAUGAGUCGGCAAGUAGUAGUAGUAGUAGUAGUAGUAGUGGUGGUAAUGGAAAUUCUGAACUUGUCGAAGAGUCUGUCGGCGAGUUGCCCUUAUUGGACGAUCAGUUAAAUAGCAGACCGAAGAUCAGAGAUGGUUUCUUAGGAAUAUUAGGGAAAAAGGUAGAUGCAAUAAACUAUUGGAAUGAGCAACUUGAAAUUAUCAACAAAGAAAUUACAAAGGCAAGAACUAGAGAAUACCCACCAACUUCAAGUGCUUUUGUUACGAUGAAAUCUGUUGCACAAGCACAAAUGGUUGCGCAAGCAGUGUUAGAUCCUAAAGUGAAUCAUUUAAUUACGAACUUGGCCCCGGCACCUCAUGACGUAAUAUGGGAUAACCUAUGCUUGACUAGGAGAGAAAGAAACAUAAGAAUAUUUUUUGUUACAUUAGCGAUUGGUAUUAUAAGUGUUCUAUUAGUAUAUCCAGUGAGAUAUUUAGCCAACUUCUUGAAUGUCAAGUCGAUUUCUAAAGUUUGGCCUUCGUUGGGCGAUUUUUUAAAAAGGAAUAAAUGGGCGCAAGCAUUGGUUACUGGGUUGGUUCCAUAUAUUUUCACGAUUUUCAAUAAUGUUAUGCCACAUUUGUAUAUUUGGAUCUCCAAAAAGCAAGGUUAUACUUCUCAUAGUGACGAAGAAUUAUCAUCUGUUUCUAAGAAUUUUUUCUACAUCUUUGUUAAUUUAUUUUUGAUUUUUACUGUCUUUGGUACUGUCUCGCUAAGUGAUACUACAAAGAUCGCAUCUCAGUUGGCAAAAUCAUUGCGAGAUCUCUCGCUAUUUUACGUUGAUUUCAUCAUUUUACAAGGCUUGGGAAUAUUUCCCUAUAAAUUGCUAUUGCUUGGAAACUUAUUCAAGUUUCUGCUUGGCUCUUUAUUCUGGUGUAAGACGCCGAGAGAUUACCUUAGAUUAUACAAACCGCCAGUGUUCAACUUUGGCUUACAGUUACCGCAACCCAUAUUAAUAUUAAUCAUAACUAUGGUAUAUUCGCUCAUGUCAACAAGGAUAUUGACUGCUGGCUUAAUUUAUUUUAUGAUUGGUUAUUUUGUUUAUAAGUACCAGCUACUUUAUGCUUGUGUCCAUCCUCCUCAUUCAACGGGUAGGGUAUGGCCUCUAGUUUUCAGAAGAGUCAUACUAGGGCUUCUAUUAUUCCAGUUAACAAUGGUCGGCACAUUAGCGUUACAGAAAGAUUAUAUUUAUGCAAGCUCCUUAGUCCCUUUGCUGUUACUCAGCGUCGGGUGUUUAUGGAAUUUCGAGAAAAACUAUAUUCCUCUAUCAAUUUUCAUUGCGUUAAGGUCAAUCGAAAAGAAUAACCGGUUGCCUGAAAACGAUGAGGAAACUAUUAUACAAACAGAGGAGCAAAGUCUCACUUUAGAUGAAAGAAGGGAAUCCAAUCAAACUUACGAGUAUCCUCAUUUACUUGAUAGCUUGGACGGAGCAUUAAUCGCAGUGGAUCAAAAUGAUGCUUUGGUCGUCAAUAGCGAUGGAUUGGCAAUUAGAAAAACAAAGACUAUCGAUGUAUGGGACUAA